CGGGGCGCGCGCUCCGCGAGGGUUUCCCAGGCAGCUGCUGCUGCCGCCUGCGGUGGGGGCCGGUCGGGGCCGGGCUCAGGCAGGGGAGCUGCUCGCGGCGCUGCCAGGGAGUGGGGAGAAGAAGAAGGAGAUGGCUGAGGAUCUGGAGGAGAGAGUGCGCGCCGCUUUCCGGGACAAACUGCUGUUGGUGGAAGCCCCAGAAAGAGAGGGCAGCUUUUUGCCGGCUGCCUGCUGCCUGCUGGAGAAGCGGAGAGAGCUGGCUGAAGUGGAGCAGGCCCUCCUGGCCCAGAAGGAGGAGUUUCAGAUGAAGAUGGAAACCCUGCAGCAAAGUCGCCAGCAGCUAAAGCACAAGGAGGAGCAGCUGAAGGAGGCCAUCCUGAAGUUUGACAAGUUUCUGAAGGAGAACGACGCCAAGCGGAGGCGGGCGCUGAAGAAGGCAGGUGAGGAGCAGCAGCAAGUGGCCCAGAGGGGGGCCGAAGCCGAGCAGCUCCGGCAGGAAGUGGCCCGGCUGCUCGUGGUCAAGGAGCAGCUGCAGCAGCGCCUGGAGGCCCAUAAGGUCUUCCCCCAAUAUCUGCAGAAGGUUCUGGAAAAGACGGAGCAGUUCCAGGAAAUCCCAGAGCUGAUUGGCCGGUUCCAGACCCUGCUGGCUACCCAGGCCGCCUUGGUCCAAAGGGAGCUUGCCGGCCGCGAAGCCCUGGAGGAGGAGCAAGCCCGUCUCCAGCAGUUUGUGGAGCAGAGCAGCAACCGGAUCUUGGAGCAGAACAACCGGGUGGCUGAACUGCAGGCCCAGCUGGAGCAGGCCCACGCCCGGGUGCUGGAGGGGGACUCCAGCUGGACGGGCAUCCAGAACACAGCAGCCAGGAACACGCUGGAGCUUGGCCAGAUCAAGCUGGCCGCCCUGAACCUCUACCAGAUGGUGGCCAAGCACAGGCCCCUGCCAGCCAACGUGCCGCUGGAGGAAACGGAAGCCCAGCUGGAUGCGGUCCAGCUCUGCAUGCAGGACUUAGCCGAGAUCCUGGCUGACUUCCGCCGCCGGGAGACGCUGCCCGCCCCUGCCCGGCCUGAGCCAACGACGGCCCCCCGGCCUGCCCCCCGGCUGGAGCCCGGCUAGCCCCGUCCACAUCGGCUGCUCCCACAACUUUUGCGAGGAGCUCAGGAGGCAACGGCCACUGCUCCACGAGGGUGGCAGAAGGAGCGGCAUUUGUGGGCCAACGGAGUCAGGGAGCAGGGCGGCAGCAAUUCUGUGGAGGCAGAGGAAGCCCAAGGUGGUCUCAUCACUUGGCAUUCUCUUGCCUUUCAGACUGCAAGCUCAUCAGGGCAGAGACCUGUCCUCAGCAUAAGCAUUUCAGUCCCCCUUGGCAGCCAGAGCUGUGGUCUGGAGAAGGCAGCCCCUAGCAUAAAUUGGCGUUUUGCCCACGGGCUCCGAUGACAGCCCCCGGCUCUAACCCCCUCUCUGCCUGAGCAGCCGAACGCCGACCAGACUCGCUCCCAGCUCCUCCUGCAUUGGACUUCUCAUGGGCCUCCGACUGCAGCCACUCUCUGGGCUCCAGGGAGUGGCGGUGGCCCCCAGGCGCCUGCCCCCACACCCCUCUUCUGACCCAGGGACCUCCCUCUUCACAGUCUCCAACGGCUUUGCCUGGGACGAUUCCAUCUGCCUAGCACGUAGUGGCCAGCACCUGUGCUACCAAGAGCCGGGCAUCUGCUGGAGGUUUCCAGACAGACGCGCCGUUUCGGAUUCCCCCGCAGUAAGAAAUAAACGUGUCACCGUUUAAUGUU